AAAUUAUUUUAACCAUUUCGAAAAUGUCCAUUUUUGACAGAAUGACUACUUCGAAAGAGGCUGCGAUGAAGUACAGACAAUUUUGCGUCUCAAAGAAAAAAGAAGUCUGGGAUGCUCUGAUAUAUCACGCAAAAUACGCAAAAAAUAUUGAAAAAGUUUAUGAUAUGACGACAGUUCUGCAACGAGUACAGCAAGAAUGCCUGAUGUUUGCAUUGGAAAAAGGCGUUGGUCAACCGGAUAUUCGCGAUGCUGCAGAGCUCAUCUUCCCACUGGCCAUGCAGAAAGUUGUUAUCAAAGUUCUCAGACCUUAUUUUAUGUCGCACUUCACUAAUUACAGACUUGCCAUGUACCUUCCUCAUCGAAAAAUCGAUCAUGGAAUCGAUUUAAACCAAGAGCUGUGGACACCAGAAAAAAAAGAAAUAUGCGGGCAAUAUGUUCAAGAUUUUAAUCCUUUUGUCAAUGAAUUAAAAACUGGAAUUCUCAAUGCAAAUCGUCACAUGAACGCAGCACUUUCAGUGUAUAUUCGCGAGCUUGCUGCAACAUUGGUGAUGCACGAGAAAGCGGCUUUUGACAAUGAGCUGAGAUGUUCAAUGUUUCAAGAAAUUAUGGAGAGUCUGAGGAUUUGGUCAGAUCAAGUAACAAUGCAAGACGCAUUCCAUUUAAUUAGUGACACUAUUUACAAAGAUGUCUUCCAAAUGCUUUCCAAAAACGCAUAUGAAAUGAUCGCCGUAGAUUUUCCAGUAAAAUUUCGCAGUCUCAUCACAAUGAAAUAUUGCCUUUUGAGAACUAAUAAUCAUGGGAGAGUCGAUUUCACAAAUUACUUGAUAGAUCAAGUUAACACAAAACUUCUUGUUGCAUCGGUUGAUACAAAAGACAUUUUGAAAGCUUAUGCGGCGUGCGUAGAAUCUCUUCGUGAAAUGGACAAUAGUUGCGUGGUUAUGCAUAAAGUUUGUGGAGUUAUCAGAGAAUAUUUGAAAAGGCGACCUGACACUGUACAACAAAUUAUCAGUUACAUUACUUCUAAUAAGAAAAAUGAACUGGAAAAAGAUAUGAGCUUACAGUCUAAAACUGUUCGAUCGGCAAUGAUGGACGAGGAAGAACUGAAAGGUGUCAACGAUGAUUUUUUGCCAGAAAAUAUGGAGACGCUUGGAUGGGAAAACUGGAUGCCUAACCCAACUGAUGCUACUGUUGGUGAUGGAGCACCCGGGCAUCAAGGUGUUGACGUCUUCAAUAUGCUUGUCUCUGUAUAUGGAUCCAAAGAACUUUUUGUCAAAGAAUAUAGAAAUCUUCUUGCUGAACGACUUUCGAGUUCGGACAACAAAGAUCCUGAAUUCGAGAAGCGAUACCUGGACUUGCUGAAACUGAGAUUCCAAUACAGUGAGCUACAACAUUGUGAAGUGAUGCUUCGGGACGUUAUUCAUAGUCUCGAUAUUGAUAAAAAGUUUGAAGACAUGAGUGAAAGAAGCGCUGGAAAUUAUGAUGUUCCGAUUAUUCCAAUUUCUGCAUGUAUCAUCUCAAGUCAUUAUUGGCCAAAGUUGGAAACUGAAAAAACAGAAGCGUUAAUGCCUCAACCAUUGCAAGCUGCGAUGGACGUUUACCAAGAAACUUAUCUGGACGUGAAGCGCGACAGAAAAUUAGAAUGGUUAAGAAGUGUUGGAUGUGUAGAGGUUUCUAUCAAUAUCGAUGGAGUUGAAGUAGAUCGAACAAUUCCAAAUAUGUACGCUCUUCUCCUCUUCUUGUUCCUCGAAAAAGAAACAUGGACAACUGCUGAAGUAGUCGAGAAAAUGGGAAUGUCAGUGGUUGUGACAAGAAAACGAUUGGAAUGGCUGGUUAAACAAGGAUUUAUUUGCAUGAAUCCCAUUAUCAGUAGCGACACGUGGACAUUGACCCGGAAUCCAAGUGGAAUUUCCAUCGUUCGACCAGGCACACCGGACCUUGAAGACGAUGAAGAUGUGGAACCGGAAGAGAAUUCUGAUAUGGUUGAUGCUUUAGAACAAUAUUGGGGAUAUACUAGAAAUUUCAUUGCCAAUCAUGCACCUAACGGAGAAGUGAAAGCGGAACGGAUGCAUCGUGUCUACCGUAUGUUCGGUUCUCCAACUUCUGCAGGACCCACUCUUGAUCAUGUUUCCGCGUUUUUGCAAAGAAAAGUUGCGCUGGGACUGCUAACCUGCAUUAAUGGGUCAUAUCGUAUCAUUCAGGAAAAGAAAGACGGCGAAUAACUUCUUUCAUUUUAUAAUCUUGAAAUUUUUUUUUUCUAAAUUUAAACAAAGCUGGUAUUUAUGAUGAUCUAAUUCUAUAAAAUAUUUCAAAAC